UGCGCUGUGUUCCCACAGUAGAGAUGGUGGGCAUGAGUGUUCUCAGGUCUGCUGCUGCCGCCUUUGCAGCCAGGCUGAGUCCUUUGAAAUCUGGAAAUGCGACGGCGAAUUUACUCACGCGAACAAUCCCACGGACACAUAAAGAGGCCAUCCGUUGGGAUCAUGGAAAGAAAAUGUUUGUGAUCAGUCCCACCAGCUACUAUGACAAGCGAUUUCUGAGGUUAUUGCGAUUUUACAUCAUGCUAACUGGCAUUCCUAUGGCUGUUAUUGUCACAUGUGUGAAUGUCUUCAUUGGUGAGGCAGAGCUGGCUGAAAUUCCUGAGGGCUACGAACCUGACUAUUGGGAAUACUACAAGCACCCCAUCACCAGGUGGAUUGCACGGAACAUUUUCGACUCCCCAGUGAAGGACUAUGAAAAGGUGAUGGCUGUAAUCCAGAUUGAAAAAGAAAAGGCAGACAUGAGGCUGAAACAGCUGGAGGUGCGUCGCCAUAUGAGGGAAAAGGGAGAUGGCCCCUGGUUCCAGGUGGAAACCCUCAACAAGGAGCUAAUUGACUACAGCCCCAAGGCAACACCUGACAAUUAAUCUGACUCAUCUGUUGUCACUAGAUCCCGCCGAUCAAUGACACUGUUUGUACAUUUUUUUUCCCUUCUUGCAUAAUUAAAGUCUGUAUAUAUCUAAA